CCGGCCCGCCGGGCUCCCAGCCGGGAGGUGUCACCCCCAACAGGCGCGGGCCAGAGCGCGGGCACCCAGCAUGCGGGCGCAGCUCACGCAGAGGACGCUGCCCAGUGUGGUCCUUGGACUCCUGUUCCUGAGCACGGCGGCCAUGGGUGGCUGCUCAGGCAAGUACCAAGCCCUCCUCGGCCAGCUCCGGGCACAGGCGGACAUCAUGGGCAACAGCACCAAGCUCCUGGACCACUAUAUUCACAUUCAAGGUUUGGAGGUGCCAGGGCUUCAAAAGCACUGCAAGGAGCGCCCAGGGACCUUCCCCAGCGAGGAUGCCCUGCGGGGGCUCAGCAAGCAGGACUUCCUGCAGAUCCUCGAUGCCAUCCAAGACCAGGUCCUGCACAGACUGGCUGCCUUCCAGCUGGAGACAUCGGAGGCCCGGGAUGUUGCGGAGCUGCACAUGGUGAAGCCGUUCAUCCACGGCAUCAAGAACAACAUCUACUGCAUGUCCCGGCUCCUUACCAACUCCUCGGAUACGGCGGAGCCCACGCAGGCCAGCCCAGGGAACUCGCUGCCCCUCACCCCCUCCCCAGAUGCCUUUCAGCGCAAGAUAGAGGGCUGCAAGUUCCUGCAGGGCUACCACCGCUUCAUGCGCUCCGUGGGGCAGGUCUUGGGCGAGUGGGAGGAGAGGCCGCGCCGGAGCCGGAGGCACAGCCCCCGCCGGGCCCCGUGGAAAUGGGGCCACAGGACAAGACCCUCCAGAAGGGGCAGAAGGAUGCUACCUCGGUAGCCUGAGGAGCAACCCUUGCAGGUGGUGAAGGAUGCUUUCUGGAUGGGAGGAGCUGGUGCAGGAUGGGGGUGGGUUGGGGAAAGGGCUCCCCGGGGUCUCCAAACCUGCUCCCCUCCAUCCUUCACCACUCAGAAGUGCACUUUAAGGGGUGGGAGCAGGACAGACCCCUUCUACCUCCUCCGGGCUGGGGUGGGGGGGUACAAGUCAAGCCAUCAGGCACCCCCAGCCCCGGAGUUCCCCAGCUCUGGUGGGGUGGCUGGGCUGGGGCACGCGGGGCCGACUUUCCAUUGAUUCAGGGAUCUGAUGACACAGGCUGACUCACGGCCAAGCUGACUGCCACCCCCCCCACCCCCCACCCCUGCUCCGCUCCCCGGAGGCCUGCCGGGCCCUUCCCUCUCAUGACUUGCAGUGCUAUUGUCCCCAGACUUCCUCCUUUCCGUGGUGGCUUGGUUCCAACGGGGAGGUCAGGACCUGAGCUGGCCCUCUUUGCCUCAUCGCAAGUCUCAGGCUGGACACCUGAGAGUUUGGAUGACCUCACUUUGGGCAGCUGUGGCAGGGCCAGAGGGUCCUGGAAGGAGCACUGAUCUGGGGGUCCGGAGAACGGGACUCAGGGCUGCUGAUGCGCUGUGUGACCUCAGGCAGGUUGCUUUACCUCUCUGGACUUCUUUGUGCAGCGAGUAGGUUGGGGAUCACGGAAGGCCCCCUCGGCCCGUCACUUGCUGGGACUCCGUGACAUAGCGUGGACAUCACAUUUCCCUCUGUAAAUCGAGAUUCCGGGUGAGCGAGACCCACCCCCACCGGGAGGGAUGCGGGAUUGGGUCCCCGUCGCCAGUGGCUCCGCCUGGUGGUGCGCCGUGGAAUUUCCUCGUGCUGAAACGUGCCCUCCUGGAGGGGGCCGUCCCUUGGAGGGAUGACUAAUUUAUGGAUUAUUGUCAGUUUUUAUCUGUUCCAUAUUUAUAAGGCUUAUUUAUGAUGUGUAUUUAACAUUAAUAUUGUGUCAACAUGUAUUUAAAACUUGCCUGGUUUCUGAA